CACGCAAUUGACUAGCACGGAUGGAUGCUUGCCAGACUCCGAAGAUAAUCCUCAUAGAUGCACUGUGGAUAGAACUGUGUAUAGUUCGUGUUCCAACCAAUGCGUUACUUAGGUUAGUUGUUUUCAGUUGGUGCAUGACCACUUCAUUUGGAUCUACGACAGGAUCACACAGUUCAUUGGCAAACUUUGCGAAAGCUUCACAAAUUGAUGUCAUAUCUGACGGACAAUCUGACAAUAUACUUUCGACUCUGUUCUCUAGAAGUCUUCUGCGCCUUUCUUUGCUACAACUCCUUAGGCUAUUGGCUAGUGAGAGUGACGUUUUUAUCGCAAUUACAUGGGAAACCGAUAGUAGUAGUGAUCAGACGCAAUGA